AUCGUAUUGUCCUUCGUCCAACAUGCCUCAAGUCUGGCUCGUCACCGGCGCUUCCUCCGGCUUUGGUCUUGAACUCGUCAAGAUCAUCGCCGCCAACGGUGGUCGUGUACUCGCUGCCUCGCGAAACCCCGAGAAACUAGCCUCCCUGGCCUCAGAUAACGUGAAGCCAGUCCACAUCGACCAAAACGAACCUCUGGACAAGAUCCAAUCCGCCAUCAAAAAUAUCCUCGCUAUCUAUGGCACCGUCGACAUCGUCGUCAACAACGCCGCAUACGUCCAAACCGGCCUUCUCGAAGAAGUCUCCCCAGGAAACACCCUGCGCCAAUUCCAAGCCAACACUCUCGGCCCCCUCAACCUCUACCGUGCCCUCCUACCACAUCUCCGCGAAAAAGGUACCGGCACUCUCGUCACCAUCGGCUCCAUGGCAGCGUGGUACCCCAUGUCAGGUUGCAACUUGUAUAACGCGUCCAAGGCUGCUCUUCGUUGGCUGACGAUUGGACUUGCUGGUGAGGUCGCUCAGUUUGGUAUUCGUCACUGCCUAGUCGAGCCUGGAUUCUUCCGCACGGGGUUGUUGGACCCAUCUGCCAAUAUUGCUGGGACUGAUAAGAGCAGUCGUGUCGAUGCAUAUGCGGAUCUGAAUGCAACGAUCGAGUCUAAUUUCGCGGCGUUUAAUGGUGCGCAGUUGGGAGAUCCUGUGAAGGGCGCUCAGAUAAUCUAUUAUGUUGUCACGUCGUCUGGAGUGGCGGAAGGGAAAGAGCUGCCUGAAUUGCUUCCUUUGGGGAGUGAUGCGAGCGCUGAAAUUUCUAAGGCUGCGUCGCAGGUGCAGGCAUCAGUGGAAGAGUGGAAGGACAUCAGUGCUCUGAGUGAUAUUAAGGAGUGAGCAGCCAAUUAGAUGGUCAAAAUGAAAGGGAUUGAUAACUUUUAUUCCGUGGUUGACUGACCUGGGUUUUUCUGACUACCCGUCAUCAAGACGACUGUCUGGACCUCCCCGAGUUUCCUAAUUUGGAGUCCGAGAAAGUUCUUCCUUCUCUAUAUAAUCUGUCAUCUCGCC